CAGAAGCUGAACCCAAAGAAAUCAUGUGAUGCCAGUGAAGUAUCGGUGUGGCUUAUCAAACGUUACUUUAGGCAUAUUUUGAGACCACUAACAAAACUGAUUAAUCUCUCAUUUGACACUGGAAAUUUACUAUCUCUUUUAAAAACCGCUAAAGUCAUUCCAAUUUUCAAAAAGGACGACCCCUGCUUAAAAAGCAACUACCGUCCUAUUUCGAUCCUUCCAGUGUUCAGCAAAAUCUUUGAAAAGGUUUUCUAUGAAAGAAUCUUAAACUUUCUAGAAGACAACGAAAUUCUGAUCCCUGAACAAUUUGGAUUUAUAAAAAACAAAUCCACAAUUGAUGCAGUAAAUAAUCUUGUAGAAAAUGUUGUCGAUGGUUUGGAGAGACGAGAGUACGUGCUUAGCGUAUUUCUCGACAUUUCCAAAGCUUUUGACUGCGUACACCAUGAGACACUGUUGUACCAGUUAGAUAAAUGUGGCGUCCGGGGCCUCCCGCACUUAUGGCUCACUUCUUACCUCAAGGAUCGAGACCAGUGCGUAGAAAUUUCAAAUGUUGUUUCUGAAAAAAUCAAAAUGGCUCAUGGUGUCCCUCAGGGUUCAAUCCUCGGGCCCCUUUUAUUUCUGAUAUACGUCAGCAGAUUGAAUUCAGUAAUCCACUAUGGGAAACUGAUUCAGUAUGCUGACGACACGACUCUCUGCUUCAAAAAUAAAUCUCUCAAAGAUUUGGAGAUCACAUCAUUCACAGAAUUAAAUUCAGUUAUACAGUUCUUUUCGGAAAUAAACUUGAAAACCAACCAGUCGAGAUCAAAUGUUGUACAAUUCUCUCUCCGACAGGCAGAUGCAGAGCAGCCCGCUGUUUUUGUGGAUGAGGACCUUUUAGAGGAAACUAAUUCCAUGACGUUUUUGGGAAUGCUCCUUGAUAGGGGACUGACCUGGAACGAUCAUGUAGAUAACGUAUGUGCUAAGGCUUCCUCAGGCAUAUUUGCAUUGCGAAAACUAGCAAUCCACUGUUCCCCAAGAGUCUUAAAGAUGGCUUAUUAUGGUCUUAUUCAUGCACAUUUAGCGUAUGGAAUAAGACUGUAGGGAGGUUGUUCAAAAAGCAAAAUGGAGCGAGUUUUUAAACUCCAAAACAAGCCGUAAGAGUAAUUGGAAAGUAAAAACUUUAGAGAGUCGUGCAAGGAAUCUUUCAGGAAGUUGGGAUUGCUGACUUUACCCUGCCUCUAUAUUUCUGAGGUGAUCAUGUACUGCUUCUCCAAGUACGAUGUAUGUCUUGGUUCGUGGCAGGGAAGUUCACCAAUAUGAAACCAGAGGUAGGGACAACUUCAGAACGCAGCAACAAAGACUGACGUUGUCUCAACACCUCCCGCAACAAGUUGGUGCAGACUAAUCAACAGGCUCCCUGAAAGUGUGAACAAUUCAAACAACACAAAUCAAUUUAAAACUCGUCUCAAGCGCCUUCUGGUGUCUAAAGCGUUUUACUCUGUUGAAGAAUUCAUGAUGAGCCGCUGGGAAAUUUAAAAAUCAAAAUUCAACAGCUGGAUCUGAUGUCGGAAUGGAUGUGUCUGUAUGAAUGUUUAAAAUGUAUGUCUGACUGAUUGAAAACGUGUACAUGGUUAUUUUUACAAAAUGUGUUAAAGUUGACGAUUGCAAUACAAUGUCAGAAAUUGUUUAAAUGCAAUAAAGAUAUUAUUAUUACUGUAAUAGUGACGAGUAAACUAUGAUACUGGUCAAUGCUCCUGUGACAGUAACUGGCACAUCAUCUCUUGCCCCCCAGCUCCACGUACCGUACUCAGGUAAACGCUCUGCGGUGCGCUAGUAUGAUACUGGCCAAUGGUCCUGUGACAGUAGCUGGCACAUCAUCUCUUGCCCCCAGCUCCACGUACCGUACUCAGGUAAACGCUCUGCGGUGCGCUAGUAUGAUACUGGCCAAUGGUCCUGUGACAGUAGCUGGCACAUCAUCUCUUGCCCCCAGCUCCACGUACCGUACUCAGGUAAACGCUCUGCGGUGCGCUACUAUGAUACUGGCCAAUGGUCCUGUGACAGUAGCUGGCACAUCAUCUCUUGCCCCCAGCUCCACGUACCGUACUCAGGUAAACGCUCUGCGGUGCGCUAGUAUGAUACUGGCCAAUGGUCCUGUGACAGUAGCCGGCACAUCAUCUCUUGCCCCCAGCUCCACGUACCGUACUCAGGUAAACGCUCUGCGGUGCGCUAGUAUGAUACUGGCCAAUGGUCCUUGUGACAGUAGCUGGCACAUCAUCUCUUGCCCCCAGCUCCACGUACCGUACUCAGGUAAACGCUCUGCGGUGCGCUAG